AUGAGCGGCAGCUGGUCUGCACGCGGCGGUCAAACGCAAUCCGCCUACGUACGCGGAGGUGUCAUCAACGACGGUAUCUACGGCCACUCAAACCCCUCCGGCUCAUCAACAGGAUCAGCCGUAGCCGUCAGCGCAGGUUUCGCCCCCCUCUCCAUCGGUGCCGACUUCAACGGUUCUCUCACGAAUCCAGCUAUUCGUGCUGCUUUGUACAGUAUCCGCACUACACCCGGUAUAGUAUCGGAACACGGGGGGUUUCCGUUUUCGAAGAAUAGGGAUAGUGUUGGACCUAUGGCGAAGAGUGUGGAGGAUCUUGUUGGUUUGCUGGAUGUUGUUGUGGAUGUGACGCAUCCGGGAGUGCCUGAGAGAGGGUAUGGGACUGGGGUCUUGAGGGGGUGGAAGGAUAUUUCUUUCGGGACUUUGGAUCCAAAGCACUGGCGUUUAUCGGAAGAGGUUCAGAAGCCGCAACAUGGAGCGUUGGAUCAGAUCGAAAGCAACUUACUCAGCGAGCAGAUACGAGAAACACUCGCAGCCUACAAAAAGAUCUCAACCCUAGCCAAACGCGUCGUCGGCCCCGUCGACCUGAUCUCCGCCUCAACAUUAGACGAAAGCAUGAACGACGUCUUGUCCACAAUCAAAAACGAUUUCUCCACCCUCUUCAAAGCCUACACAAACGGCCUGGACACACCUAAAGUCAAGACCCUUGCGGAACUGAUCGAGUUCAACGAAGAACAUUGCGAAAUCGAACUACCAGCCUUUUCUCCGAGACAAGACAAGCUUAUUCAAAGUCUGGAAGAUGCGAACUCGCUUACAGAAGCAGAGUAUGACCGUCUGGAUGUGAAGGCGACCGCAUCGGCCGCUGAUGAUGCGACCGAUAAGAUGCUGCGCGAGCACCAUGUCGAUGUUAUCAUCGGUCCAGCAGAUAGCCGCCUACCUGACGUGCUGGCUGUAGCCAGAUAUCCUUCGGUGACUCUUCCAUUGGGGUAUCUUGAUUGGAAUGGGCGGCCGUUCGGGUUACUCUUCAUUGGCUCCAAGUACCAAGAAGGUCUGCUCCUGGACGUCGCUCGUCUGUGGGAAGCAACUUUCCCGCCUAGAAAGACGCCGGACUUGGACUGUGGUGGCGAAGCUUCGAGUGCCGUUUUGUGA